CUGCACUUUUCAUCAAUCUCAUUUACAGCUCAUUUUCAGGUGUCUGAGGAGGAGUACACCCAUUGCUUCCUUCAAAAUCCUCAUUUAGUCGGAACAUGCAACAAUAACACUCAGGAGGUAACCAUCACAGUCGUCUUCCGACAAUUCACACCCACUCCCGGUGGCAUGGAAUUCGAGCCGGGCAAAACUUAUCACUUUAUAACAACUUCUGAUGGCACCCUCUCGGGCAUUGACCGCAGAAAAGAUGGUUUAUGUACUGAACGACAGAUGAAAGUGAAAUUUGAGGUGCAACUUCCGAAACAUGACAAAAUAAAGUUUUCAAAAACUCAUCAAUUUUUAAGAAAUGAACAACAAGAGCAAGCAAAUCAGGAAGCUUCCACUCCUAUAAUGUACAUAAUCCACGUUGAUGGUGAAAACUCCGAUGAAUUAGAUGGUCAGUUGUUGGAAAAAAUUCAAAUUUUACUGCUCUAUAAUCGGUCAAUAAAAUGA